UUGUUUGCUUUGCUCUUUAUCUUACCACAACUCUUACCUCAUUUGCCUCGUCUGAUGAGCGGAUACUAACAACAGGCAAAUAAACAUUCUCGGUCUUUGUUCCCAGCGACGACGCGACUUCGAUCAUCGCCAACGCUGUCUGCAGCGAGAUGCAUUGAUGACCCAAACGGAACACCGACUGCGCUUCUACUGAGUAGUAGACAUUGACGAGCGAUUGCGCGCUGCCGACACCCCUUACCUUACACCUCGACCGACAACAAAGACCUUGCACCAUCUGUGCUAAGCUUACUGUCUUCUGAAGCACCUUACCCUACAUUCCCACGUCCACUCCAGUUUCACUGCUGUGGUUCACCGCGCCAUGGCACCAAGAAGAGCGGCGGCUAGUCCAGCGAAGCCGCGCCGUGUUACACGCGCCCGCGCAGCUGAUGCCGAAACCACGAUGGCUGUCGAGGAGCCUCCGAAACGCAAGACUUCCGCGGCUGCGGCCCGAAACACCACUGCCGCAUCACGAGCGAAAACCAGUCGGACGACGAGCGCAACUGAAGCAGCGGCGACUACCACAUCUCGAACUAGAACAACCCGAUCUGCACCAACCACUACCACAUCAGCCAUGCCUACAACAACUCGCACUAAAUCACUAGAGGCAAAAUCGCGUGUGACGAAGAAGACAGAGUCAAAGCCGUCCAGAGCCACGAGAGGAACUAAGUCUACCGCCAGAAUCUCCAAUGUUGCUGCCGCAUUGGAAACCAUCGAGAGCGGGGAUGAAGAGGAUGAGAUUGCCUUGACCACCGUGUCCGAGCCGGCGACCAAGACGGCCAGGUCGACACGUACCACGGGCAAGGCUUCGACAUCUGCUUUGGCCGCAGCCCCACGACGGAGAAUCAAGAUCACGCCGCUGGACAGCACGACCACCGAAUCUACUGCCGCACCAGCAGCAGAACCAGAAGCUAAGCCAGAAAAGAAGACUUCGACAAAAGCAAAGACAGAUAAGACUGCUGCCUCGAAGCCUCCUACAACUCGUAGAAAGCGAGAUGCCGCAGCCGCUCAACUGGAAGAUGAGGGGGGCGAAGUGGUGACUGAGCAAGAACCCAAGCCACGUGGCCGAGGACGAGGGAGGACAGUGGCUGCACCCGCAGAGAAUCAACCUGCUGCCGCCAAAGCUUCGACUGCAGGAGCAAAGCCGCGAGGUCGGCCGAGAAAGGAGCCAGCAGUUGCUGAACCACCGCAAGAGUCCAAACCGGCUGUUGCAGUUAGACAGACUCGGGCUAGAGCAGGGUCCAACAACUCAUCAGUUCCGGCUGACCCCCCUGUGCAAGUGGUUGUCCCUCCUAAGAAGAAGGUCACUUUCCAAGACCCUCCCAGUUCUGAGGAUGAAAAGGAAAACAAGCAUCCUGCGACUCUAGCCAAAUCAAAAACAGUCAAGAAGGCAUCGGCCACGGCGAAGAAGACCGAAACGGCCACUAAGGGAAUGCGUGCAAAGCCAAUCCGCAACCCUGCAGCCAGCAAGACCACCAGAACCGCACGAGGCGCGGCGGCAAAAGCAUCUACCCAAGUGGAACAGAAAGAGUCAUCAAAGGUUCUACCACGGGUUUUGACCCCGAAGAAGAUCACGCAGGUUGCAAAAGCUCAGCCAAUGGACAGCGAGGAUGAAGAGGAUGAGCUUGCGGGAGAAAAGACUCCUGUUCGCGACCUCAGUCUUUCUCCAAGACGAGGUAUCAUUCCCUCUAUGCCUCGCUCUGCAUCGCCGGUCAAGAAACUGGACUUCACACCCGCCUUGAACGCAACAUCUCCCGAGAAGCCAAGUGGUUCUCCAGGUGUGGGCAUCAUUAGCCCGCCUCGGCGUAUGCCGGCCUCGCCAUUGAAGGACUCUCUGAAAGAAUCACCACGACGAGCACCUGAAGGCAUUACCGUCUUCCGAGCACAGAUUCAAGACAACAACAACCCUGGGUCUGUCAAUCUGCAUCCUUCCAGCAAUCAGGCUAUGCUUCAGCAAUCUCCCAAGCGAGGAUUGGCGGAUAAGAUCAUAUUCCCUCCAUCUGCGGCCAAGUCUCACAACUCUCCUUCCAAGCGCGCUUUGCUGUCUUCACCGGCUCGUCGUCUGUUUUCGCCCUUGAAGCAGAAAACUCCUGCUCGGGCGUCUCCUUCGCCGAAGAAGAAGUCACCCCAGCAGGACGAAAGCCCUAGCUGUGGCGGCAAGUCCAAGAGCCCUGGCGAUGUCGAUCUCGUCAUGUCUUCUCAUUUCCGUUCUUCUGUUUCGCCUCAACGGUUGGCUAGAAUCUACCGAUUGAGUGACGAUGAACUGGCUCAGGAGGCAAAUCAGGAUAUCGACUUUGAUCGGUCUGUUUUGAGUGUCCGAAGUCCGUUGAAGGUGGAUAAGUCUGAGCCCCGGGUGGCCGGAGCGCUUCAAACAUUCGAUUUGGGCCUGCCGGUUGAGCAUGGUCAUGUCGAACAAGACCAUGGACUAGCAUUUGCUGAAUCCUCGGACGUUGAAGAUGGCGAAUCCAGUGUUCCAAAUGAACUGAAGGUCUCUGAGCAGGAGGAAGCGUCUGCUGCGGGAGCACCGGACCACCCAGCCGACCCCGACCAUGACAACGACGAGACUAUCGUGGAUCCUACAGUUGAGGAGGGGGAUGACGAUGAUGAAGAGACCGUGGAAGCGGCCCAAGAAGCUCCCAGUCCUGCAUCCGUUUCCGAGUCAAGUCACGAACAGCCGACUUCAACGCGCUCAUUCAAGCGACCUCGCCUGUCGAAUGCUCUGUUCACCCGAAUCAGAGACAACAACGAGGAUUCGGGAGAUGAAUUGGCCGCAGAUCAGACGCCAGCCAACAGACUGCUGAAACCGAACUUUCGACCAAGUCUGACUGGCGCAAACAUUCGAUCCCGUUUGUCGGCCGGCAUAACACCAUCACCUGGCUUCACUCCACUUGUAGAGCAAGUCCGAGGAUGGCACGCCGCCAGUCCAGAGAAGAGAGUUUUGGACCAGGAGUCAAAGUCGUUCUCACCUUUGGCCCGGAUGCAUGUCGAAGGCUCGAUCGAGGUCAACAGACAGGGUACGCCAGUGCGACAAGCGCAGAAACGCAAGUCUUUGGCGAGCAGGUUGUCUUUUGCCCCUUCAAUGGUCGGCAGUCCUGCACAACCCGAGUUCUUUGCAGAAAGCAUGGAAGCCAAGGCAUUUGAAGAACAGUCCGAGAGUCGGGAUGUGCCGGUUGACGGCCAUGAUGAGGAGGACCUUCACGAUCUUGUCCAACAGGACGCUUUGGGUCCUUCUGCGGGGAUUGCUGGUGACAAUGUUCAGGAUCAUAAUGAUCUUGACGAUGAGGGCCAGGACGGUUCUGGUUCUGAAUCAGUUGAACAACGCGAACCGGGCGACUUGACGACGGACUUGAUCAAUUUCACAAAGGCGUCGGAUACUGCCAUGGUGGAUUUCCAGGCGUUGGCGGACGAGGCGGAGAAUCUCGCAGGUCAAGAUCAAGACGGGGAAGACGAAGGUCAGGAAGCGAGUAAUGUUCUACAAGAAUCUGGCUCGGGUCCAUCGCUUGAGAGGGUUGAUGAGGAGGAAGACCAAUCAGUCUUGUCCACUUCUUCCGACAUGUAUGACGAUGAGAAUCUGGCUCCGGUCCCUGGCUCUGCUGCAGAGGUUGUUGAUCAGCCUGAUGUCGGGUCUGAUUCUGCUCAAGUCCUAGUCGACAUGAGUACUCAUGAGACUACCGAAGGUCAGCCUGAAGGAGAUCAGGUUGAUGACCGGCAACCUGACGAAGUUCCUACGACUGAAGUCCAUACCUCUCCGUCCACAAUGGCACUUACCUCGGUCGAGGCUCCCGCAGAGAUGGAUUUCAACGUCACACCCAUCAGACCCGAUCCCAGCCUUCCACGAUACGUUCAUACUGUGUCGAAAGUUCCAUUGCGUCCUGAAGGACAACUACCUUCGGUUUUGUCACCGCUCAAAGCUAUGCGGAAGAGACCGAGAUCGAUGUCUUCGUCCAACUCGCUGGCAACAGCCGGUGUGACCUUCCUCGGCAACAAGAGACGCAGUCUGGGAGAUGGUUCAGGUCUUGAUAUCAUGUCCACUGCCGAUGCUAGUCAGCAUCUGGGGAUUCCCAGCUCGGAUCCCGCGGUGCCCACUUCAUCGCCUCAGAGACGAAUUCGCAGUGCGGCACCCAGUCCGGCCCACUCGCUUGCCAGCCACUUGACUACUCCUGGCCAAAUGAGCUUUACGGUGGAAGACUUUGGAGAUAGCACCCUUGAUGGGAUCGAGUUGCCGAGUGAUGAGUUGUCUGGUGAUGAAGUCGACAUGGACGAGUCCAGAUCUGUGGUUGAAGUGGGUCAUACAAUGGCCGAAGAAGAUGUCGACGAAGACAGUAUGAUGACUAUCGGCUCUGCUAUGUUCAAGACGCCUACCGUCCCGACGCAGAGACGUAGCCUUGUCGGUGCCGUGUCAUCUACUGCCAAAUCUGUCCGAACUGCAACUCCUCGAUCCACGAGAAGCAUCAAGUCCAACGUGGCGGCCACACCACGUCAAGCCAUGACUGCGAAAUCUAGUGGAACUGCUACUGCUACUGCUAGUGCUACACCCCAUUACGCCAUGAGCACAGUGUCGAGCAAGCGGCGCAGUCUCGCCACUUCUGUCAAUCUUACCCCAUCUAGAAGAAUGACGGCUUCCGGAGCAGCAGCAGCAGCUAGAACUCCAGCUACUGUGGGCAGCACCAGUAAUGCAGCAAAGACGCCCACAACAACUAAUACUCUGCUGAAGAGCAAAUCUGCAGCAGCAUCAGCGGCAAAGACAAGCCAAACCCACGACCGAGCACCAUUGAAUACAGUGGGAAACAUUCUGAAUGGCGCAGUUGUGCAUUAUGACAUCCAUACCACUGAAGGACAAGAUGCAUCAGGUGUCUUUGUCGAACUGUUGACUGCCAUGGGAGCCCGAUGUGUCAAGGAGUGGAAAUGGAACCCUAGAUCUACAGCCAGAGCCAGUAUGCCUGCUUUGGGUUCGGCUGCUGGGCAUGACUCGGGACUGUUGUCGAAUCCUGGCGUCACACAUGUCGUGUACAAGGACGGAGGCAAGCGAACACUGGAAAAAGUUCGCUCAGCCAAUGGCUCCGUGCUCUGUGUUGGUGUCGGUUGGGUUCUGGACUGUUACCGUGAGGGCAAAUGGCUCGAUGAAGCGGCGUAUGCGGUCGACUCGAGUGUUUUGCCCCGUGGGGGGUCGAGACGGCGUAAGUCGAUGGAACCGAGGAUGUUGCAGCAGCUUCAGGACCAUGAAAAAGCAUAUGGGACACAGCAGGCAAAUGGGAAAAGACACAACAGACGGGUCACAUUGGCUGAUCUUGCUCACCUACCACAUGGUUCAUCAUCGGUGAAGUCGAAAUUGACAGAGGCCAUGAAGAUGGAUCUGAUUAAUACCCCUGUGAGAGGGAUGGAAGAGCAGCAGCAGAGGCCAGUGCCAGAACCAGAACAUGCACAGGUCGAUGCCGAUGGCCAGCAGUCUUUUUUGAAUGAGGAUGGCCAUGUGUUUGGCGUCGUCAAUGCCGAAGCUGAAAGUUCGUCUGUGAAUGAAGACUCUGAGAUGUUGGACUAUGACGUUGUUGAAGUUGGAGAAACCAGCUUUGGUGCCUCUGUCUCUGUCUCGACCGCCGAUGACGACUACGACGAUGGAACUUUUGGUCAAAACGGCGGUUACGGUACCCCUACUGCUACUGCUACUGCCACGAUGGCAACAAUCGGCGGAGAAACUCGAAAUGUCAACUUGAUCACUGUUGAUGGGUUCGGCUCGUUUGAGCAGCAGCGAGACCAAAACGAAAACGAAGACGACGAAGAGGUUGGAGGGAGUAGUAUACUGCUCAAUACGGCAUAUACCCCUCUCCCUCUAUCGCGAACCACGACCAAGAGAAACAUUUCGACUCCCGAGUCGGCUUGUCUAAAUGUUGACUAUGAUCCAAGAACGGCAGCGACUCCGAUAACGCCGUAUUUUGCUGCCAAAUGCAACAUUAAAGAACAAGAUGUGCCGCAGACCGCGCCGGCGAAACAGAUGAAUAAAGGACUUUUUGAGAAUGAUGACGACAACAACGAUGGUGAAGAGGAUGAUGGGAAUGGGAGGAAUCAGAAGUUUCAGGUGAAAUCGAGAUCGAAGAAUGGUGAUGCUAAGGCUGACGGGGGACUGGGGGGUAACGGUCCUUCAAGAAGAAAGACCUUGGCUGGAGCGAAUUUGAGACGAUUACCUAGGGGUUCUGUUGGACUUGGGUUCAAGCCUGUCGUUGCGAGUCCGUUGAGAAAGGACUAGGAGUCGACUUGGAGUGAUUGAUCAUGCUCCUCUUGGGUUCUGCAAAUUCUGCUUUUGGGAGGGUCACUGCUAUGUUUUGUUCUGCAGUGCAUGGUUGAUUGAGUACUCAAGUGACUUCAUUGAAUGACUUGAGUGAAUGACUUGUACGGGUGAGGUUACUUUUGGAUGGAGUUUUGGUACCUAUGCAGUUUCUAGCAAUUCUAAUUUUUGUUCUGUGA